AUGACUGUGGGUCUGGCACGUAAGCUUUCGCGGACCAAACCGCACCGGGAUGCGUUGUUGAAGAAUAUGGUAUCACAAUUAUUGCAGCAUGGAAGCAUCACUUCCACCCACGAGAAGUGCAAGGAAGCCUCUAGAGUUGCAGAAAGAGUGAUUACAUGGGCUAAAAAGGUCAAUGCGAACCCAGCAUCCCCUUUAAGGUCUGAGAUUCAAUCGAGACUGUUCCUAUCGGGUGACAAUUCCAAGCUGAUGAGCCGACUAUUGGACGAUAUCGCACCAAAUUAUGUUGGAAGAGAUGGAGGGUACACCAGAGUGUUGCAUUUGGAGCCCAGACUGGGCGAUAAGGCCAGGCAGUCCAUACUGGAGCUUGUGAACACACCCGUGGUGGACAAGGAGGGCAAUUAUAACAGAGGAAACAUGAAGCUGUGGCUUCUGGUGAAGAAUAGUGUCAAUGAUGAGAGCUCAAGAAGGCCGUACAAUGCAUUUACUCUUAAGAGUUUGAAGAAAAUGCUUGUUGGCAAGGCACCAGGGCAAUUGGCGACCGAAAUCCUAGCGAUAAGGAAGUUCUUAAAGCAGAAUCAGGACUCUGAGUGGAAUGAAAGUCUUGAAAAGGAGUCUGUAUCUCUCUUACUAGAUCAGGUCAACGAAUUGGGCUCUACAAAACCUCAAAGUCAAACGAAAAGAGGUGGUUAUGCUUUUGUUAGCCAAAGACCCGUCAGGAACCUCAGUUCUACAGCAUAG